AUGACAAUCUUCGGAAAGAAGAUGAGCCUACGAGACGCAGUGGGAAAUUUCGCCAAGGGUGUAGAUUGGAUCCAAGCCUACGCCAGAGAUGCACUCAAGGAUGUCCCUUAUGCGCCAGUUGCGAUGGCAGGCAUUUCGAUCCUCCUUGUUUUCCUGAGGAAUCCGGCUGUCGUCAACGCUGAUAAUCAAGAGGGACUUAGAUAUGUUAGCUCACAGGUCCGUUACUAUGUUGAGAUGGAGCUAUAUUUUCUCUCCAAGUCCAUGACGGACAGCUUGAAGGAUGAAAUCAUGAAGAGUUUGAUAGACCUAUACAAACUCUUCAUUGACUUCCAAGUGCAGAGCGUGCUAAGAUUUUAUAGCAGCUCGAGCAAGAGAUAUGUCAAGGACGUCGCAAACUACGACAACUGGAACACUCAAUUGGAUUUGAUCAAGGACAGAGAACAUACUCUGUAUAAGAACAUCGAAAAGGUUUUGAGCGGCGCGAGUCUGCAACAACUUGAGAAGCUCCAACAGGAAACUCGGAGAUCACGCAAGACCUUAGUGGCCAUCGCCAAUCAUGCUCAGGCCUUUGAGCAACAUAUGUCUGCUGCCGAGUAUCGUCGAUGCUUAAGAAAUCUCAAGUCCACGAAUCCUUUUGACGACAAAGAUCGAAUUGAGACUGAUAAAGGUGGUCUUCUCGAUGACUCGUACCGCUGGGUGCUCGAAAAUGAGCAAUUCCAAAGCUGGAUACAUGGCAGUGGCAUUCUCUGGAUCAAGGGAGAUCCUGGAAAGGGCAAGACAAUGUUGCUUUGCGGUAUCAUAAAUGAAUUACCUACACACGGCACCAACAUCGCGUUCUUCUUCUGUCAAGAAAAUCACGCAGCCAUCAACAAUGCUACUGCAGUCUUACGAGGACUCAUCUCUAUGCUUGUAAAGCAGCAGCCCUCACUCCAGAUUCAUGUUGGCGAAGGUCCCUUUGAAGGCGAAAACGCCUGGUUUGCAUUACGCAAAGUUCUCGCUAAUAUCCUCAAAGACCCGAUGUUGCAGGAAACCUACCUGAUUAUCGACGCGCUUGACGAGUGCACGAGAGAUCUAGAAAAGCUUCUUAGUUUUCUUGUUGAGAUCUCAUCAAAUUCGCACAUCAAGUGUCUAGUCUCAAGUCGCAACUGGCCGAAUAUCGAGAGAGACCUCCGCGACGCAGAACCAACACGACUGAUUCUUGAAAACGAGGCCAUUCUGUCGGCUGCUGUUGACUCUUUCAUCCGGCAUAAGAUCAAUGUCUUAGCAAAAAACAACAACUACAUGACCGGACUACGGGACAGUGUCCAAGACUAUCUCAUUUCAAAUGCAAAUGGCACCUUUCUUUGGGUAGCCUUGGUUUGCAAGGAACUUACAAAUGUUCCGAAGAGACACGUUGAGAAAAAGUUGAGAGGCUUCCCUCCCAGCCUAAAUGAGCUUUACGAGCGAAUGUUGGUCCAAAUCACCGAAUCGGAAGACGCUGAGAUCUGCAUGUCUCUUCUGAAUGUCACGACGAGCGUCUACCGCCCUCUCACAUUGGGUGAGAUACCGUCUUAUAUUCAAUUGUCUGAGGAUGAAGCCAGCGAUCUUAAAGAAAUUAUAGGGUACUGCGGUUCUUUCUUGAGUCUUCAAGGACACACAGUCUCGUUGGUUCACCAGUCAGCCAAAGACUUUCUCCUACAAACGAAAUUUGACUCGGUCUACCCUGGCGGCCUUGAGAAUGUGCACUAUAGUCUUUUCUCGAAAUCUCUACAGGCCAUGGAAAUGAACUUGCGACGUGACAUCUACGGCAUAAAUGACCCCGGAUAUCCGAUUCGGCAGGUCAAGAGGCCAAAUCCAGAUCCGCUGGCCGCAAUACGGUAUGGGGUUGUCCACUGGAUUGAACACCUGAAUGCAUGCUGCUCCAGCCAAACUUUGGACAAAGACCUCCAAGAUGGUGGCUCACUCGAUCGCUUCUUACGGUGUGACUACCUUCAUUGGCUAGAAGCCUUGAGCAUUCUAGGACACGCCGCUCGAUUUCUUCAGUACAAUAAGGUUGCUAUUGAAAGCAGCCCCCUUCAGGUCUACAGUUCACCUCUUAUCUUCAGCCCAAUUCAAAGCAUCACGAGAAUUUGCUAUGAAGAGCAAAGCCCAAGAUGGAUUAUGAACCAAUUAGAAGCCGAUAAGAGCUGGAGUACAUGCUUACAAACCUUAGAGGGCCAUACUAGGGAAGUCAGUUCAAUUGCUUGGUCACAAAACGGAAGCCGAAUCGCAUCAAAGUCCUGGGACAACACGGUUAAGAUAUGGGAUCCCGUCACUGGUCACUGCAUUUUAACGCUCGAGGGGGCUGCUGGAGAAGUCAGCUCAAUUGCAUGGUCUCAUCAUCUGCUGGCAUUAGGGGCGGCUGAUAGCAUCGUCAAGAUCUGGGAUACUGUUACCGGUCAAUGCAAACGAUCCCUCCAUGGACAUGGGGGCCAUGUUAAAUCAAUUGCAUGGCUGCCAGAUGAAGACAAGCUUGUUUCAGCAUCCUUUGAUACUACCUUGAGAGUCUGGGAUACUACCACUGGCCAGUGCGAGCAAGUUUUAGAAGGGCAUACUGGCCAUGUUAUCUCGAUUGCUUUGUCACAACGCCAUCUUGCAUCGGGAUCAAGAGAUGGAACAGUCAAAGUUUGGGAUCUCAGCACUUAUCACUGUGUAUUUACGGUAGAGGGAUACAACAAGCUGGCUGGCUCAAUUGCUUGGUCACCAGAUGACAAUCGACUCGCAUCGGCAUCCAUGGAUAACACAGUCAGCAUAUGGGAUCUGACCAGCCAUUUCAAGUUAACGCUGAAGGGGCAUACCGAUCUAGUUGAGUCACUUGCCUGGUCGAAAGAUGGAAGCCGACUCGCAUCAGCGUCCCGGGACAAGACAAUCAGGGUUUGGGAUACGACUACUGGCCAAAUUGUGUUCACUUUCGACGGGCAUACUGACGUAGUUUCCUCGAUUGCCUGGUUGCAGAACGGAAGCCGACUGGCAUCAGGAUCCGCAGAUGUUACAGUCAGGAUUUGGGAUGCAAUGAAAGGCCAGGAUGCGUCAAUUUUUGAAGGGCAUACAGGAACAGUUGACUCAAUUGCCUGGUCGCAAGACGGAAGUCGACUCGCAUCAGGGUCCGAGGACAAGACAAUCAGGAUCUGGGAUACAGCUACCAAACAUUACCCCCAAAUGGUUGAAAGGGGCCCCAAAAUCGGAUCGAUUGCCUGGUCACAAGAUGGAAGUCGACUUGCAUCAACAUCCAUGGAUAAGACGGUCAAAAUCUGGGACCCGAGCACUGGCCAGUGUAUAUCAACGCUCGAGGUUGAUAGUGGUUUGGCUAUGUCAGUUGCCUGGUCUCAAGAUGGAAGUCGACUGGCUUCAGCGUGCUUUGACAAUAUAGUGAAUAUCUGGGAUCUGGCUACCGGGAGAUGCACCUCAGUGUCUCAAGACGCAUCCUAUGGAUUACUUGAUCCUUAUGGAUUCGAAUUCGAUAUUCUCUUACGUGACAUAAUGCCGAAUACCUUUGUCACGCCCUUGCCUAGGAAACAUGGGUAUGGAUUGAAUGAUGACAGGUCCUGGAUCACCUAUGAUGGGGUCAGUCUUCUUUGGCUACCUCCUGAGUAUCGACCAGAUAAUCGUGCUCUCUUUGUCAUGUCUGGGACAACUGCAGCAAUUGGGUGUUCAUCGGGCCGUAUUAUAUUCCUCACAUUCUCUAACACUAAGAUGCCCUCGUCGAGAGUAUCAAUUGAGAACGGAGUAGGCAUCGGGAACGGGUUUGGCCUCGCUGCAGUGGAGGACGAGGUGAGAGAUGAUAUAGCGCGGUGA